AUGCAAUACUUAGAACCUUUGGAGCUCUACAAGGAAAAGCCCUACCUAAUCAACAUUCCUGCAGAGGCCCUGCCGCCGGGAUUGGCCACGAAUGAGAGUUACAUCCCCUACCCCGGGAUCGUCAUCGAAGACAUGCGAGGUAAAGAAAACAACUUUACCCUGGACCGAAACGGAUUCGCAGUGUUUCGAGAUGAUCGCCAGCACGAAUCUGUUUUCAAGUCGUCCGCUAUUCGGGAGCGCCUCGGCGUGAAUUUUUUGGGAUCAUGCUUGAAGUACGAUGAGUAUGAUGAUUAUGCCGUGGUGAAAACGAAGUAUCGAAAGGCGUCGGAGGACUUCUUGACGCAUCUACUGGGUGCUGAAACGACAAAAACUUUCACUCAUGAAGUCAGGAGGCGUCAGCAGUCCUUCCCAAAGAAGCCAAGAGGCGACGACGGGAGUCCACAGCCAAUUCAAGGGGUACAUGUGGAUUUCACUCGCGACUGGGCUCUGCGAAGAAUGCAGAUGGUUUAUGGUUCCGAGUUCGUGUCAUGGGCAGAGCAAAGACGAUGGCAAGUGAUGCACACUUGGCGCCCCCUGAAGGGUCCCUUGUUCGACUGGCCACUGGCCGUGUGUGACUAUCAGUCUGUCAAUCCUCGAUCAGAUUUCGAAGCUGGGGACAACAUAUAUCCUCAUCUGCAAUCGGAAUCGUUUUUGAUCUACUACAGCGCUCAUCAUCGGUGGCAUUAUCUCUCGGAAAUGCAGCCUGGCGAGAUUCUGGUUUUCAAAAGCUACGAUUCGCACGGCUCUGGCGAUGUCGCCAUUUGCUGCCCACAUUGUGCCUUUGACAAUGAACUCGCCCCCUCGUCGGCGGCGCCCAGAGAAAGCGUCGAGACGGUCAGCUUUGUGGUGUACCCCGACUAG